AUUCAAAACUAAUAUAAUAUUUAAAAAAAAAAUUUAAAUUUUAAGAAGUUAAUUUUUCAAAUAUAUUUUGAAUUCAAAUUAUUUUCCCGCGUAACUGUCAGCGCGCUUCUAGUUCUACUCACUCUCCACAAGAAUCGCUCCUGUAGUUUCUCUACAUUACAGUGGUGGGAGAAAAUUAACGAGGGUAAGUGUAUUGCUAUUAAUUAGCAUAUUCGACCGAGACUUCGACCAGUGCAGUCAAGCAUGGAAGACUGCUCCUGCUUCCACUCCCUCGUGAGGAUGAUGUCGGCCAAUAAUGUAAGUAUUAAUUAAUUAUUUAAUAAUAUUUAUUUAAACAAUAAUUAUUUAAACAAUAAUUAUUUAAUAAUAAUUAUUUAAACAAUAAUUAAUUAAUAAUAAUUUAUUAGUUACAGAACCCAGGCAAUGAGGUGCCCCUACCCUCCACACCACCGGGGUCACCUGCACCCUGGCAUCAGCCAGAGACGCCAUCUUGGGUGGAAUUGGGGACACCAGAGCAGAUGUCCCCACUCCGGUCGAUUGCCCAUCAAUAUCGGCCGGAUUCACCACCCUGGGCGAGGGUGCAGAGGCCUUCACCUCUACCGCCACCGCCAACGCCACCGCGAUCACCAACGCCACCGCGAUCACCAACACCCCCGCCACCGAAAUCGCCGACUCCACCGCCUACCAAUGAACGUAGGCGGCGCGGUGGUCGUCAUCGGCGUAGGGUUAUAUUGAAAAUUAAAAUUAUAUUAAAAAAUUUAAAUCAAUAAAAGUUUAAAUGUAUAUUAAAAGUAGAUCUUU